AUGUUACAAAAACUAAGAAGUAGAUCUCAAAUUUUUAUUCCUUCUAUAUUAUUGAAAAGAUACAGUCACACUACUUCAAUAACUGGUAAUCGAUAUCGUAAUCGCCCACAAACAGUUGACGUUUCGUUGGAAAAAACGGAAUUAUUUAAGGUAUUUCCCGAAAUAAAUGAAGAGAUACUUGACGAACAGCUAAUUUAUCAUGAGGAAUAUCCAGAUUAUCGAAAAAGAUAUACCAAAUUGAUGUAUUACAAUACCCACGAUAUAAAUCCAAGAUUUCUAUCUAGAGCUAUAUUCACAGUACAUGCUUACAGACUUCUGGAAAAACCGUCCCUUUUGACACAAGAUAAUAUUAGAAAAGCUUGUAUUCUUGGGUGGUGUCAUAGAAUGAUAGAUAUUUCGAUAAUUAUAGAUGACGAUAUUGCUGAUGAAUCUAAAAUACGUUACAACAAACCAACUUGGCACGAGCUCGACGAAGUAGGAAUAAACAACGCUAUUCUUGAUGCCGCUUUCAUAGAAUCCGCCGCUCACUUCCUAAUCAUCAACCAUUUUUCCAAUCAUCCCCAAUACGUCAACAUCCAAAGAGAAUUAUUAGGCUCUUACGCCCAUACCAAUGUGGCUCAACUGCAUGAAAUUAAAAAACGUAAAAUUGAAGAUUUAGAAAAAUGUCAAAAUUUUAUAAAAUUUAUUAUCAUGACACAACCAGUUGUUGCUUCAGCAUUGUAUUUGGCAAAUAUUGUUGAUACAGACGCUCAUGCUGCAUCCAAACAAAUAUGUUUGGAUAUCGCUCGUUUCCAAAAGAUCGAUGACGAUGUGAAAGGGAUAAUGACUCCUUUCAGUGAAAGGCUGAAAGAAUGUACGGAUAUUUCAGAAGGUAGGACUUCUUGGUUGUCGAUUGAAGCUUAUAAAAGAAGCAACGAAGCACAAAGGAAAAUCUUACGUGACCACUAUGGUAAAAAUAAUCAAAAUUCGGUGGAUAAAGUUUAUAAUCUAUUCGAGGAAUUACGUCUAGUUGAAGUUUAUGAAAAUCUAAGGGAGGAAUUUUAUGAAAAAACCUACUCAAAAAUAUAUGAGCUACCUAAAAUGUUACCACCUCAAUUGUAUAUAGAUAUAUUAAAUUAUACUAUGAUUUCCAUUUCUAGUACUCGAUAUCGAAAUCGUCCACAAACAAUUGACGUUUCGUUUGAAAAAACGGAAUUAUUUAAGAUAUUUCCUGAAAUAAAUGAAGAGAUACUUGACGAACAGCUAAUUUAUCUUGACGAAUGUCCAGAUUAUCGAAAAAGAUAUACCAAAUUGAUGUAUUACAAUACCCACGAUAUAAAUCCAAGAUUUCUAUCUAGAGCUAUAUUCACAGUACAUGCUUACAGACUUCUGGAAAAACCGUCCCUUUUGACACAAGAUAAUAUUAGAAAAGCUUGUAUUCUUGGGUGGUGUCAUAGAAUGGUGAAUAUUUCGAUAAUUAUAGAUGACGAUAUCGCGGAUAACUCUAAAAUACGUUACAACAAACCAACUUGGCACCAGCUCGACGAAGUAGGAAUAAACAACGCUAUUCUUGAUGCCGCUUUCAUAGAAUCCGCCGCUCACUUCCUAAUCAUCAAUCAUUUUUCCAAUCAUCCCCAAUACGUCAACAUCCAAAGAGAAUUAUUAGGCUCUUACGCCCAUACUAUUGUGGCUCAAUUGCAUGAAAUUAAAAAACGUAAAAUUGAAGAUUUAGAAAAAUGUCAAAAUUUUAUAAAAUUUUUUGACAUCACUCAACCAGUUGUUGCUUCAGCAUUGUAUUUGGCAAAUAUUGUUGAUACAGACGCUCAUGCUGCUUCCAAAGACAUAUGUUUGGAUAUAGCUCGUUUCCAAAAGAUCGAUGACGACGUAAAAGGGAUAAUGACUCCUUUCAGUGAGAAGCUGAAAGAAUGUACGGAUAUUUCAGAAGGUAGGACUUCCUGGUUGGCGAUUGAAGCUUAUAAAAGAAGCAACGUAGCGCAAAGGAAAAUCUUACGUGAUCACUAUGGUAAAAAUAAUCAAAAUUCGGUGGAUAAAGUUUAUAAUCUGUUCGAGGAAUUACGUCUAGUUGAAGUUUAUGAAAAUCUAAGGGAGGAAUUUUAUGAAAAAACCUACUCAAAAAUAUAUGAGCUACCUAAAAUGUUACCACCUCAAUUGUAUAUAGAUUUAUUAAAUUAUAUUAUGAGUGGAAAUUAUCUAGUAUAA